AUGCAAAAUGUGUCUCAAACCGCCAAAUCAUCAGUCGAGCCACAGGCGUUCGUGGGCGCAGAGUCAUUUAUGUCUCCCUUAGCCAGCCGACAGGAAAAUCUGAUACCAAGAGCAAUAGGGGCUGUACGAGAUCGUUUCUCUAAGGAGCUUCUAGGUGCUGUCGCCGCCACCUCAUUGCCACCGAAAGCACAAGUCCAAGCAUUUGCCGAUUUCUACUUCCAGCACCUAUACCACCGUGCCCCCAUUCUGGACCGAGAAGAUUUUUCAACAGGCCAGCCGUCAAUACUGAUCUCCCAGGCCAUUUGCUUGAUCGGCUCUCUCUUGCAACACCCCGGGAUCCAUCCGCUUCUCGAAGAGAGCGAGAGAUACUACAACAAAGUGAAGGCGCUAAUCUAUACCAAUCAUGAAGCGGAUCAACGAGCUGUGCUAAAGGCUCUCUGUCUUCUGAAUUUCAGGAAUAUCACUCCUCCCAAGGUUGUCAGCCUCGACUGUUCCUGGCAGUGGGUUGGGAUGGCAACGCGUUUGGCCCAUCAAAUGGGCCUCCAUUGCGAGUCAACUUAUACACAACUUGCGAAUCCAGGGAAUGACCGAAGGAUAAUGUGGUUCCUAUUUGUGGAGGAUAAGCUUCAAACUGCUUGCUUCGGACGACCCACGAUCAUCAAAGACACGGACUUCAAUAUACGAUUACCAAAACUCGACGACUUUGAAGUUCCAAAUCUUCAAGCUGAGCUCUUUAUUGAAUAUACGAAACUCAAUGUGAUCCUGGGCGGGAUUGUGGAACGCCAUUGUCAAAAAAGGGAAAUGCCACAGGAUGAGGCCAUGUCAGUCUUGCAAUCACUGCAGCAGUGGAUCAACGAGCUCCCGCUGCAGCUACAGUUAUACCACGGUAACAACCGCGACCCCUACCGGAGGGAUGUGAGCGAGCCACUCUCUCUCAUCGCUAACAGCGUCUACCGCGUCAUUGGUAGCUUCAUCCUGCAUAUCACGCCUGUAUGA